AUGGCGGACCCGGCCCGGGACCCGCUCGGAGCCGCCGCGGCCGCGGAGCCGCCCCCGGGCCCGGCCCCGCCCGCGGGACACGCGGGGGGCGAGGGCGAGGCGGGAGAGGCCGGCGGGGCUGGCGAGCCCAAGGCGGAGGGAGCGGACGGGGAGGGGAGGAGCGCGGAGGGCGAGGCGGCGGACGGGGACGAGCCCGGGCUGCAGCCGAGCGCGGCCAGGAAGGUGAAGCUGGAGCUGAAGGAGCGGAAGGAGAAGAAGCAGAAGGUGGAUGAGGACGAGAUCCAGAAGAUGCAGAUCCUGGUCUCGUCCUUCUCCGAGGAGCAGCUGAACCGGUACGAGAUGUACCGGCGCUCUGCCUUCCCCAAGGCCGCCAUCAAACGGCUCAUCCAGUCCAUCACGGGCACCUCGGUGUCGCAGAACGUCGUCAUCGCCAUGUCCGGCAUCUCCAAGGUGUUCGUGGGGGAGGUGGUGGAGGAGGCCCUGGACGUGUGUGAGAAGUGGGGGGAGCUGCCCCCCCUGCAGCCCAAGCACAUGAGGGAGGCCGUGCGGAGGCUCAAGGCGCGAGGGCAGAUCCCCAACUCCAAGUACAAGAAGAUCAUCUUCCACUGACUGGCUCCGAAACAGCUCCCUGUGGGAUCCUCCCCAGCUGAGCCACAGCCUGAGGGGCUGUGAGACCUCGGGGACCACAGGGACAGCCCUGAGUCCCUGGGCAGAGCCAGGAGCUGCUCCUGACCUGGAGGCACGGGCUCCUCUGCCUCUGCACAGCAGGGAGAGGAACAUCCACGGCCUUCAGAGUAUUCCUCCCCCAGGGCUGUGCUUCCUGCUGGCCCCGCUGUGGCUGUUUCUGUACAUUAAAGUGGUGUUGGUGGCCCGG